GCAUCUCACUCGACUUUUCCGCCUCAGUGCGAGGAUGGACCGGCGUUGCGACGCUGCGCGCCGUCGGCUCUCGUCGGGUGCACGGAUCCUCCGAGGAUAAUCGGGAUUCUCGGCGAGACUCGGGGAACUGGGAGUUCCGGUCGAAACGAAAAGGGAACAUGUAACGGUCUCGUGAUACUCUCGUAAACAAAAAACCACACAAAUCACAAAAGUCUUCCAUUAGCGUGUAUCUAGUUCGAUACUUCUAAUCUAUAAGUAAUUCGUUAAGUGAAUACGAUAAUAAGCAACGGCCGCGGCUCCGAAGUGUAGUUUAAGGUAUCGACGUAAGAUUACAGAAGAUCCUCGCGAACGUACCAACAGCUCGUACUCGUCACGGCACGCGUAACUCUGGCGCACGCGGAUCGAAGCGGAACGUUUGUCAAUAAGGAUAAAGAGGAAGCCAGGAGGCCAGAAGCGAACGAGAGGAAGCUAGUCCGAACGGUUUUCCGCGAGAGGAUAAGAGGACUCGUUGGCCGAAGAUUUGCCCGCAGGACGCCCCACGUGUCCACGAUCGAUCAAUAGAGAGCGGCUCGAGUGAUUCGCGAGAGAUCGGAUCCGUUUUUCUUUUCUAUCGUAAAUCCAUGUGUCUCCAGGUCGUUCGAUCGACGAUAACUACGUUAAGACGACGCGUCGUGCCUCGAACGAGGAGCACGACCAUAGUGUGCCUGAUCUGAAGUCUUCCUUAGUCCGGCUAAGUUAGAGUAAGACGAUAUCGGUCUUCCUAUAUUCUUACAUGAGACGUUGAGAUAUAUACAUAUAUACAUACAUAUAUAUAUAUAUAUACACACACACAAACAGUGUUAAAAUAGAUAAGAGUAUAACAUUGAGAUUUAUCGUGUGUCCCGUUGAUGGAACGAUUCCCAACGGAGACGCGGGGAUAGAGGAUGAUUAAGAGCGAGUGAACGAGAGAGAAAGAAGAAGAAGAAGAAGAAGAAGAAGAAGCCGACGUCUCGACGUUGAUUACUUUCGGAAGAAAACAAUCGAACCCCCUUUCCUUUUCUUCUUCCGCUGACGCGAGGACAACCCAGUCUGCGAGGCCGACGUUUUUCAUCAUCUCUGCCGGAUGAUUGUUCUCGCGUUGGGACAACAGAAAUUCUGAAUACAAGGGACCCGUCGUAAUCGGGGGAGGAAGCCAUUACCUUCGCCUCGAGCCUCGCCCCCUCCCUUCCCUCCACGCUACCCCAAACUAUCAAAGCCACCCUCGAGGAGGGAUUAAGCCGCGUCGGAACUGCUUGCACACCGUCGGCGGCCGGCGGAGCUCCUUAACGCAAAUUAGCGGCCGAUCGGCCUUAAUGCUCGGCCAAUUACUCGACGGGCUAAUUAUUCAGGGCCGGAGAUUGUCCUCGGAGGCCGCCCCCGUCGCCGCGACAAAUUGGAUGACGAACGGAACGAAAUUUCGCGACGAAUUAGGCCGACGUUCGGAAAUCGUCGAGAGGGAAUCUCGCGUGAAUUUCAACGAACGAGGAACCUCGAAUUUCGAGGAGGACCGAGGGUUUCGAAAUACACGUUUACAUGGGAAGGAUAAUUGCUCCUUGGAAGGGAGUUGUAGCUCGAAGAUAGAGAAUCUUUUGUAAAUGGAAACUGAAAUCUGGCAAUUACCAUUAUUCGAUUGACGACGAAGAUCCGGUGAAUUGAAAGAGAGAGGGGCCAUUUUUAAGUCGAAGUUGAUCGCAUACGAUUCGUUUUGGAGAUUUGAUUGUUUUUUGGAGCGAGAUUCGCACUGUAAGGGAAAAGGAAUCGUUCUCCUUUCCACCGGAAGUUGAUCAAGGGAAUGACCAUGUCCGUGACGGUACCGUCCCCGCUGAAACCGGCGCGCGGCCGCGGCCCGGCCGACGGCCGCGCCUUCUUCGAGACGCUGUGGCGCGGGAACUUCUUCCUGGACCGGCAGAAAGUGAUGAAACGGUCCCGGAAACGUAAACUGCAAGCGGCGAACGGAAAGAAACGUGCACAGCUGCAGAUGCGACAGCACUGUUGCUGCUGCCAGCGCAUACAACUUCACCUGCUCGCCGGACGGCGAAGCAACAUGCGCUCCGUCGUCAGCGUUCGUGAGACACAUCAGAUUGCCGAGGCGCAGCAAGAGAAAAAUGCUAAGCUACGAGAGGCAUUCGGUAUAUCGGAGUUCUUCGUGGAGGGAAGUAGCCUAGAUCCGGAGAGGCACGCGCGCGAAGCCGAGGCGAGAGCUGCUGCUAGCAAAGUGUAUGAAUUGGUGAGAACCCCGAGCCCGGCGCCCGACACCACGUCUGCCCCAGAAAAGAAGAAACGAAAACGCUCCGGUAGCACUAGCAAGAAGAAAAAGGGGAAGAAGCACAAGAAGGAAAGGUCGGAAUCUCCAAAGGCUAGUAAGAAAAAAGAAAAGUCUAAGAAAAAGAAAAAGGAGAAAAAGCACAAGAAGGCUGAGGCUAGUUCCUCUGAUAGCGAAUCUAGUGAAGCUUCGGAUGAUAGCAGUUCGUCAGAAACUGAGUCAAAGAAGAAAAAGAAAAAGAAGAAGAAGAAGUCCAAAGCAGAGGCAAAAGAAAAGCAUGAGAAGAAAAAAGCAGCUGUCAAGAGGAAGCAUCAGUCAUCUGAGAGCUCAUCAGACAGCUCCCCGGAAAGGCCGAAAAAGUCUAUGAAACACGAUAAAGCUGCAGAAAAAGCAAAAAAUGACGAAACAGAAAACACUGCUAAAGAGAUUCGGUCGAAUCGAUCCCCAAAGAAGCAAGAGAAAGGUCGAAACGAGACUCCGCCUCCAAAAAAGAAAGACUCCCCCGUUAAAAAGAUUGCUCCUGAAAAGAGGGAGAAAUCCCCGGUUGCCCAUAAAAGUCCACCGAGGCGUCACAGAUCACCGUCGAGGAGUAGGGUCGAUAGAGGAAGAUCACCCAGAAGAUACUCAAGAUCACGGCGUGUUAGUCCCUCGCCAAGAAGGAGAAGAGUGUCUAGGUCUCCUAGGAGAUACAACCGAUACUCUAUAUCCAGAAGCAGAAGUCGAUCGAGGUACGACCGUUAUGGAUCACGACGCAGACCGUCGCCUCUGCCUAGACGCAGAAGAUCUGACUCUAGAAGGAGAUCAAGAUCACCCAGGAGGCAAAGAGACAGACGAGAAAGAUCAAGGGAACGCCGCAGAAGCCGUAGCAGGACCAGAAGCAGAUCUAGACGAUCCACCUUGAGCUACUCACCCGUGAGAAAGAACCCGGAACGGUACAAACACAUUCUGGAGGACAAGAAGAAACGGGAUCAAAAGAAGAACCAUGACAACAAACGGAAGUCUCGAUCGAGCUCUAAAACUAGAAAGAUAAGAACGAUCACGCCGAGAGUGAGGUUACGUUCUUCCAGCGAGGACGAAACCGACAUAGCCGAUGACGAACCAAAACCGGAAGACGAGGAAAGGCUGAAGGUGUUGCAUACUUUGAAACGUUUACAAACUACAUUAGCGGCAAAGGCUAGAGAAUCCAUCGGAAAGAAAGUGAUAAGCCCCGUAAAGGUAAAGGUGGAGAAGAAAGAAGAUAGUGUACUCGAUAUUGCUUUACCAAAUGAUCCACCGAAAAUGGUACAAAACAUUGUUGGUCCCAUACAGGAGAAGUCUAAGUCGAAAUCACCUAUAUCGCAUCUACCUGCUAUUCAGUCACCUGUAUCGAGUAGAUCACCUUCACCGGCAUUGCCGCUAACGCGAGAAGAGGCAGCUAUAAAGAUACGAUCGCCUAGCGAGUCUCCUCCUCCGUUACCGCAAACGUUAAAUAAAAUAAACUCGAGUUCACCGAGUACAGCGGGUAAGACGAAUCAUCGUUCAAAGUCUCCAAGCGUCACGAAGAAGAAUUCACCGGUUCUGUUACGGAAGAAUUCAUCGGAGAGCAAGUCGUCGUCGCAUUCACCACCGAUCUCUCACAAAGACGCGCCCAUAAAGCUACGUUCGCCGAGUGAAUCCCCGCCACCGAUGCCGAGCAACGUGGCCAAGUCAAAGCGGUCCGUUUCUCCAACCACUUCAAAGAAGAGUUCACCUGCUUCUAGGAAGCAUUCUCCAAGAGAUAAGUCCUAUUCCAGGUCACGUUCCAGAUCUUACACAAGAUCAGUAUCACCAGAGAAAAGGUCUUCCAGAUCUCCCAGGCGUCGUUCAAGAUCACCAUCAAGAGAGAAGAAGUCACGUUCUCCGUCGAGAGGCAAAAAGUCAGCGUCUCCUAGACAUAGAUCAUCCGUGUCCCCGUCGAAACCGAAAAAAUCACCAAAAUCUCCGGCAAGAACGAAAAGAGUAACCAGGUCAAGAUCUUCUUCGGAAUCGAAGCACUCCGCGUCCAGGUCACCGUCGCGCUCUAAGAAAUCUCCCUCUCAUUCGCCGGAGAAGUCAAGAUCCAGAAGUAGAACCAGGUCAUUGUCUAAAAGGUCCAGGAGUCGUUCGCUGUCGAAAAAGUCGAGAAGCCGAUCUUUAUCUAAGAAAUCUCGAAGCAGGUCAUUGUCAAAAAAGUCCAGAAGUCGAUCUCUAUCAAAAAAGUCGAGAAGCCGGUCAAGGUCGGUGUCCAGGAUAUCACGGGACAAAGAGAAAAGAAGUCGUAGUAGAAGCAGUUCGCGUUCUUCUUUAAGUUCAAGGCACAGCCGUAGAAGUUUUUCUAGUUCAUCGAGAUCAUCGAGCAGUGUUUCUAGCAGGUCCUCUCGUUCAACAUCAAGUAGUUCAGCUUCUAGCAGAUCUCGAUCUCCAUCUAUACCGCGGCGUCACGGUUCACCUAGUUUCUUAGACAGACGUCGAAUCACAAGUGCCAGGAAGCGACCAAUUCCAUAUCACCGACCCACUCCGACACCACCUUCUUCACCGAGUAGCUCAGAUAGCAGCAGGCAUAGUAAUUGGUCAAGUCCAAGUCAUCGGUCAAGUUGUUCUCCAAGUCGAAGUCCAUCGUACACGCGUUGAAGCGAACCAGUGGAUCCUUAAAGACAUUCGACGUUCCUCUUUACAUGUCAGAUUUGAAAUGGUGCGAACCACCGAGAUUCUCUGAUGCUUUUUUCUAACAGUCCUGCAUUAACAACACAAGUCAUGUUCGUGACAUUGAACAUUCCCUAGCUAAGCCCAGGGGAAAUUUUGAAGUAUUUACCUGCGGUAGAAAGCAUGAUUUAAAGAUGCAAGGAUAAUGUCCAUUUUAAGUUUGGUGCAUGAUCUUUAAGUCUGUAUAAAAUCUUACUAUGCAUUUACACCUCUGAUCUCAUGACUAAAUAAUACUCAUCGAUGGUGAUUCGCCGUAAUGCCGUUAGUUUCAGUAUUAGUACAUGUAUCAUUCGGACUAGGUUUUUCUUGUCAACUAAUGCUAACAGGAUUUCUACAACUCUUAUUUCAGAUAGACAGUAAGAGCAGAUAUUUUACAAGUAAUUGUUAGGAAUCUACCAGAUACCGGAAAAAUGAAUGCGUAUCGGUUUUAGUCAAUUACUCGUUCUUUGAUUUUUGUGGAUUUCAAUGAGAUUUCAAAGAGACAUACACGCAAGAGAAACCAAAGAAGAUAUUUUAAUAAUACUAGUGAUGUCUGGACGACAUUUUUUAAUACUGUCGUUUUCGAAAGGAUAUUAUUACCUGUGGUUUAUGUUGUCUCACAGCCGUUAGAGUUUUAAGUCUUCGCGUGAUAAUGUUCUUUACAAACUUACAUUCACCUGAGUACUUAAGCAAUAAGAAGGCAAUGAUGAUUGUAAGCAUCAUUAACAGCGUUGGUUGCAGCUUUUUCAGAUCUCAUAUUAUUAUUCAAUAGCUAUUAUUUAACUACUCAUUUAAAACUACUCUAGUAGUUCUAUGUCUGCGUGAUUAUUUAAUCAUGUAAUUGUUUGUUAUACAAACACCAGCUAGUCAAAUUUUAGACAUUCCAUUAAUGAUUAAAAAAGAAACACUAGCAUCCUUUAAUCUAUCAAUUUCUCGGGGGAAAGAAAUUUUAGUGCAAUGUUCUACAACCUGUUCCUUUUGUACAUAGAUAUUAUUGUGCAUAAUGAAGUUGAAUACUUUGCUCAUUUGCUUUCCAUUCUUCAUACUCGAUGUCUAAAAGAUUACAUAUUUAUUUAUAAACUUAUUUAUUUAUUUAUUUAUUUAUUUAUUUAUUUAUUGAAUGAUAUUAUAAUUUGCUAGUCAUUUGUCAACGUUAAUGGCAAGAAAAAAAAAGUAUAAAAGUGAUGUUAAACUUUUAAACUUUUCUUUAAUCGCAAUACUCGAUUUACCUAAAUACUAGUCAGAAAGUUUUUUUCUUGGCUAUAAAGCCAGGCAGCAUACCAAAAGACAUAAUUAGACUAGUCUUGAUUAUUCAAAGUUAAGUCUUGAAAAUGUAUGUAUAGGGUUAAAAGUCAUAUUUGGAAAGUCUACGUUGUUUAUAAUUAGAAGGAAAAACUACAUAGAACCUAGCUCCUGCAUAAUGACUGAGCCCGUUUUAUUAACAAGAAGUAGUCAAUUGCUAUGGUGUUGCAACACUGACAUUGCAUUGAUGCAUAUCUACUAAAGCAAAUACUGAAACAUAAAUGCACACUUAUUAUGAAACAUUUGUCUGCUAGAAUUAGCAUGGAAGGAAACUCCAAAUAUUAAUUUCAUUGUAUAAAUAAGAUUUGUUAAAACUUGCCCACCAUGGCUCUUGACUUACUAUUUCUUAUUCAUAAUUUACAGUCAUCGAAUGUUACCAUUGUUGAAAUGGAAAAAAUUCUGAUUAUAUCUGUAAUAUACUCUGUAUUGUUGUUGUGUGAUUAAAUCAAAAAGCUUAAAAAAAAUCAAGUCAUGUUUCAUUAACAGAAUUUAUUAUAUAAGUGCAUUUAAAUUAUGAUUUGGAUACCAACUCGAACAUUUCCCUAUAUAAUUUAACUUAUAAAAUAGUUGAUAUACUGAAAUCUUAAAUACAUAAUACAUAUAAGUAACAAGUCCUAUGCUACAAUCAACUUAAAUAUGUAGCUCGUAUAUAAAAUAUAUUUCCUUUUGUAUGUGUGGUCCCCUCCAAUUUUGUAUGACAAAAUAUUUAACCCACAUUAAUGCAUUAUUUCCGUAGUCCUCUAGUUCUUGCUUGCUUUGCUCGUUGCUGUGCAAGAUAGAUGAUCCAAAAGAAGCCAAUUAUAUUCAUAACAAAAACACGUAACUAAAAUAAAAUAUAAAGAUGACUAAAGUAUAUGAGAGAUCAAUAUUUAAAAAGCAUAUUAAUGCAUACCACUGGUGGAACAUAUUUCAAGUUGAUGAACUGUAUCAGUGUUAUAUAUUUUAAGUUUGCAUUCAGUAUUGGCCAAUAUAACUUCUUCAUCUGUUUGCAAGCAUCAUUAUGUGUGUUACCCUAAAAAAAAUAAACUUAUAGUUUGAUCUAUCAAUGAAAUGAAAAAAUGUACAUUUAAAAUAAAAAAUUAUACCUCAAAAAUAGAUAACAUGUAUAAUGAUAAAGCUUGGAAACAUGGUGUAUACAAACACCUAUCUAUUAACAAAAGUCCAAGAGGAUUUCUCACAAAUGGAUAUAUGUAUGAGUAAAAAUAAUGUGGAACAGGGCCUCCAAAGAAUAACCUAUAGAAUAAUGAUAUUAUUUGUUAAUUUCUAAUACAAAUUAAUUAAAAAACUUAAUUGUGAUUUUAUUAAGUUUACCCAAAGAGUGCAAAGGCAAGUAAACUAUCUCCAUUAGUGACUUUUGCCCCUGCAAUUUUUUGUGAUACAUAAUUUCCUAAUGAGGCAAUAAUACAGCUGAAAAUGAAAAAACUCUUAGUAAAUGUACGUAUUAUUUUAUGUGUAUCAUUAAAACCUUAAUAUACCUGGUAAGUGCUUUUGUUCUUACUGGGUUCGUAUAUAGGCGCUCGAAAUACGCACUUGUUAGCUGAAGAAUUAAAUCCAUUGGUUUAGAAAGUGACAUUAUUAAUGGUUUUUGCUGAUAUAUGUUUACGACGUAAAAAAUUAAGUAACGAGAGAUAAAGCUUGUAAAUGAGCUGACGUAUGUAAAAUGCAAAAGGAAUGAUCUGAUAAAAGACAGCGAACGAUAGACAAUAUUACUAACUCAAACGUAUCGUGUACAGGUUUAAUUGAUUUUGCAAGUCAUUAGGUUAAUCUUGAUGUACUCGAUUGAAUGAUAAAAAUAUCACUAAUCUACUGAAUCCUUGGAAAUAAUGAGGACUGACGAAAACAUCUUGGUCCGCUUUUGAAUUUUGUAAUUAACGGGUUUCAAAAUUUGCAUAUAAUUAAUGCGUUCGAUAAAUCGAAUAUGUCAUAAGAGAUGAAGCGAGUCACACAACAAAAAUAUUACAUACGUUUCAACUUACAGACUAAAUUGUUUAUAACGGUAUACUUAUACAUAGCAUUUUUUAAUGCAUUCAACUUUCCAAUUUAUGUAUCUUCCUACAAAUUAAUUAUUUACCUCAUUCCUACUUUAUUAUCAUGUUUAAAUAAAUAGAAUUAAAUUCGCUGUAAUAUCGUGCUACGGACAACAUCUAUUUUUCAACAAAAUUAGAUUGUUCAUUGAAUUUUCCUAAAUCGAUAUUAUGCAUUCACAUGAUUACAGCAAACUUGAUUGUUAAAUACAUAAUGGUUGAAAAGACUUCCGUCGCCAUCCGUGGGAAAAUGUCUAAGCUCUACUAAUCGAUACGUCUUGUAGAUGUCUCUAAAUGGUUCUUUGACUAGGAGAAACUGAAUUAAUUAAAACGUAUUAAUCCAAGCUUUACACGAUUUUUUAAUAAAGCUAUGCUAGAUUAUAUUACUCAUUAAACCAAAUGUACUUACGUUAAAAACCAAUGUUUAAUAACUUAAUAUUCAAUUUUUAUUAAUAACAAAAUUAUACAUGUCGUAUCUUAUUGUUAUCGAAUUAUUUUUUAUGUAGAGAUAUAGAUUACAUUUUAAAAGAGAUCAUUAUUCUAAUCAAUGUUAAGGUUUCCGUUUUGUUUCAUAAUACAUGUAAAUAAUUGAAAUUGGGAAUAAGUACUUUUGAAAUGUUCCACUAAAAGUCACGUGGUUUUGUUUUCAUGAGAUCCGCAUUUACUGUGCAUGAAGUGUAGAGAAGGUUACGUUAUAUGCGCAACUAAAUACACGUGUUGUGUUUUGGAUCAAGUGUUUUUG